AAUAAUUACUUGUUAGUGGCUCAAAUGGCAGAGGACUAUGACCAGUCCGGUGCGUCAGAAUUCAUUAAAGACCGGCUCUACUUUGCCACAGUACGAGUCAAACCAAAGAAUACAGCCAGCACACACUACUUCAGCACGGAUGAGGAGUUUCUAUAUGAGAGUUUCUAUGCAGACUUUGGGCCUCUCAACCUGGCCAUGCUGUACAGAUAUUGCUGCAAACUCAACAAGAAGCUCAAGUCCUUCACAAUGUCUAGAAAAAAGCUGGUUCACUACACCAGCUAUGACCAGAAGAGGAGAGCCAACGCUGCCGUUCUCAUCGGUGCCUAUGCUGUCAUCUAUUUGAAAAGGAGUCCAGAAGAAGCCUACAGGACUCUGAUCUCAGGAAACAACGCAGGCUACCUGCCGUUCAGGGAUGCAGCGGUGGGCGAGUGCUCCUUCAACCUCACCGUCUUCGACUGCUUGCAAGGAAUACGUAAGGCAUUACAACACGGUUUCCUGGACUUUGAAAGUUUCAGCGCUGAGGAUUAUGAACAUUAUGAGCGAGUAGAAAAUGGAGACAUGAACUGGAUAAUUCCUGGGAAAAUUCUGGCAUUCAGCAGCCCUCACCCUCGUAGUAAAGUAGAGAACGGUUACCCUCUACAUUCACCUGAGGCGUACUUUGCAUACUUUCGCCAAAAUGAAGUGAGAGCUGUGGUUCGUCUGAACAGGAAGUUGUAUGAAGGCAGGCGGUUUGAGGACGCAGGAUUUGAUCACCACGAUCUCUUCUUCCUGGAUGGGACGACACCCUCUGACCUCAUUGUCAGGCGCUUCCUACAUGUGUGUGAAAGCACAGAGGGAGCGGUGGCCGUGCACUGUAAAGCCGGUCUGGGUCGUACGGGCACUCUGAUUGGCUGCUACCUGAUGAAACACUUCCGCUUCACUGCAGCCGAGGCCAUCGCCUGGAUCAGGAUCUGCCGACCCGGAUCCGUCAUCGGUCCCCAGCAGAACUUCUUAGAGGAGAAACAACACAGUUUGUGGGUGCAGGGAGACGUCCAUCGCUCCAAACAGAAGCUGGUCCAGCAGAGACUCAGUCGGCGGCAGCAGCUGCAGCAGCAGCGCCAACAGCAGCAGCAGCUUCACAGCUCCGACUCUGUGGAAGGAGGCAAACAGGAGGCCAUGUCCUGCCUGCUGUCCAGUAUGGACGACCUGUCGAUCAACACCACCCUCCAUAAGUCAUACAGCCUGGAUGAGAAUAACUGCAAGGAAGCCAGUCUAACUCAGGGAGACAAACUGAGAGCACUUAAAGGAAACCGGCCUCCUCGAUCAGUCUCAUCCUCCUCCAGGUUAAACCUGUCCAAGGCCACGCACUGCUCCAUCCUCCCUCCACCCAAGUCCUCUAAAGUACCCCUCUCCCUCUCGCCAUCUUCAUCUUCUAAAAAACUGGUACGAAGUUCCUCCUCCUCGGCCACACAGAUUAAGAGUCCCUUCAGCCUCAGUCUGUUUAGCAUUCACUGA